CCUAAAAAAUAUUCAGUAGGAUUUAUUUGUAUAUUUUAUUCAUUCAUUACAUAUAUUAUAUAUGUUAUUCUAGUCUUUUUCGUAUAACUUUGCAUUGCUUGCCCUGUAAUUCAAGAUCAAUUUAGAAAAUUUGGAAGAUUUGGGAUUGAAAUCUGGUCGGAUCUUGCUUUGUGGGAUGUGGAUUUUGGUGGGUCUUAUUUCACUACAAAGCUCAUUUUCCAAUCUCAUCUAAUUCCUCCUCCCAUAAACACAAAAAACCACCCUUUCCACUUCAUUGCUUAAAUCCAUUUACCUUUUCUAAGGUUCUUAGUUGGAUAAAAUGGUCAUGGCUGCUGCAGAGUCACAAUUUCAUGUUUUGGCUGUUGAUGACAGCAUCAUAGAUAGGACACUUAUUGAGAGGCUGCUCAAAACCUCUUCUUAUCAAGUUACUACCGUUGAUUCUGGUAGCAAGGCUUUAGAGUUUUUGGGUCUAUGUGAAAAUAAUGAGACCAACCCAAAUACACCAUGUGUCUCUCCUAGCAAUCAUCAGGAAGUGGAAGUGAAUCUUGUUAUAACAGAUUAUUGUAUGCCUGGCAUGACAGGCUAUGAUUUGCUUAAGAAAAUUAAGGAAUCAACAUCAUUGAGAAACAUACCAGUGGUGAUUAUGUCAUCUGAGAAUGUGCCUUCAAGGAUUAAUAGAUGCUUAGAGGAAGGUGCAGAAGAAUUUUUCUUGAAACCAGUAAGGCUAUCAGAUUUAAAUAGACUUAAACCUCACAUGAAGAAAACCAAAUUGAAAGAUCAAAAACAAGAAACAGAAGAAAAGGUUGAAAACUCAGAAAUUCAACAGCCAGAUUCAGAAUCACAUUCACAGACACAACAACAAUCAGUACAACAAGGAACCACCAAUAACAAGAGAAAGAGUAUUGAACAAGGACUUUCUUCACCUGAGACUGACAGAACAAGACCAAGAUACAGUACUGGUAUAGCCACUGUUGUAUGAUGUAUAUAUAUUUGCCAAAUAAUUUUCUUCAAUUUCAUUGUGUAAUUCUUAUUUAACUUUUUUUUUUUAAUAUAAAAAUAUUAACUUUUGGCGUUGGUUAAUAUAGGCUCUAUAGAUGUAGUGUAGAGUUGUUCUCUGUAAACAUUUCCUGAAAAUAUUCCCUUCCAAUUUUGUUUUCA